AUGGCUCUCGUUAUGGAACCUAUUAGCAAGUGGACGCCCAAGCAAGUAGUGGAUUGGAUGAAAGGCCUUGAUGACUGCCUCCAGCAAUACAUUAAAAAUUUUGAAAGGGAAAAAAUCAAUGGAGAACAGCUGUUGCACAUCACUCAUCAAGAACUUGAAGAACUGGGAGUCACUCGCAUUGGACACCAAGAAUUGAUCUUAGAAGCAGUUGAUCUGCUCUGUGCAUUGAAUUAUGGUUUGGAGACAGAAAACCUGAGAACACUCUCUCACAAGCUGAAUGCCUCAGCCAAAAAUCUUCAGAACUUUAUAACGGGUAGAAGGAGGAGUGGCCAUUAUGAUGGCAGGGCCUCCAGACGACUGCCAAAUGAUUUUCUUACCUCUGUUGUUGACCUGAUUGGUGCUGCAAAGAACUUGCUAGCCUGGCUGGACAGGUCUCCAUUUGUCAGUGUGACAGAAUACUCACUGCUGAAAAACAAUAUUGUUCAACUGUGCCUGGAAUUAACAACCAUCGUGCAACAGGAUUGCACAGUAUACGAAACAGAAAAUAAAAUUCUUCAUGUGUGUAAAACUUUGUCUGGAAUCUGUGACCACAUCAUCUCUCUCUCAUCUGACUCUCUGGUGUCUCAGUCAGCACAUCUUGAAGUAGUUCACCUUACUAGUGUUAUGCCCAGUGAGGGCUUGGGGAUGUAUAUCAAGUCAACAUAUGAUGGGCUGCAUGUAAUCACUGGGACUACUGAAAAUUCUCCUGCAGACCAGUGUAAGAAGAUCCAUGCAGGGGAUGAGGUGAUCCAGGUCAACCAUCAAACUGUGGUUGGCUGGCAGUUAAAGAACCUUGUAAAUGCAUUGCGGGAAGACCCAAAUGGAGUGAUCUUAACCUUGAAGAAACGUCCUCAAAACACCCUGGUUUCUGCUCCUGCACUUCUGAAGAAUGUGAGGUGGAAGCCUCUAGCACUUCAGCCUGUGAUUCCAACCAGUCCAACAAGCAGCUCCACAACACCAACCAGCACAAUGGGCAUGUCCACAAAAAUUGACAGCUCUGCUCUUCAGGACAUUUUCAUCCUCUCUCCCAUGGCAGGACUUUAUGGCCCAAGGGAUGAAAUUGGAAUAAUGUCUUGUGAUGACAUCAGCAAAUAUGGAAAGUCUGGAAUGAAAGGCUCCGAGUCACCUAGCUACUUUCUGGAGCAUGAAAGUGGAAAGUAUUACACAUUAAUUGAAGAUGAGGGCCAUCCAAUGGGCUCUGAGUAUGAGAGAGGCAGAACCACAGGAGUUCGGAGAAGAGAAAAGACACCCACUCAUGGUGACUUGAGGCCUGUUUCUAUGCCUACAGAGUUCAGCUGGAUAGGGGAGUCAAAAGAACCAAACAUGUACAAGAGAGGCAGCCGAGCUGAGAAUUCACUCCUACGAUACCUGAGUGAUGACAAGAUCUUGGUGAUCCAAGAAGAGCCUUUGACACAGAAAGACAACAAGAGAGACACAGGCCGCAGGUCAAGGAAAAAGGGCAAAAACACAAGUAGUCCGAACUAUCCAAUUAGCCCAUCUAUGUUAACAUCUACUGUUAGCGUUAGGCUGGAACCUGGGCAGCAAGAUGUCCUGAAUUUCUCAUUAGCUGAAAGCAACACUGUUCCACUGUACCACUCUUUCCACUACGCUUCCCUGAGGGUAAAAACCAAAAAAUGGUCCAAAGGUAAACCAUUGGCUAGUGGGAGCAGGAGGCGGAUUUCCUGCAAAGACUUGGGCCAUGGAGAUUGUGAGGGCUGGCUGUGGAAGAAAAAAGAUGCCAAAGGUUACUUUACACAGAAAUGGAAAAAAUACUGGUUUAUUCUGAAGGAUUCUUCACUGUACUGGUACACAAACCAGAAUGAUGAAAAAGCAGAAGGAUUCAUCAGUUUACCUGAGUUCAGGAUAGAUAGAGCCAUUGAAUGCAGAAGGAAACAUGCCUUCAAAGCAUGCCACCCAAAAAUUAAGAGCUUUUACUUUGCAACUGACUGUCUUGAAGAAAUGAAUAGAUGGAUGAACCGUCUGGGUCUUGCAGCCAUUGGUUAUACACCUGAUGAGAAGAAUAUUCGGCCAGAUGAAGAUUACUGGAGUGAAAGUGACCAGGAUGAUAUUGAUGGCUCUUUAACCCUGAAACAGGAAGGCCCUUCAACACGAUGUGACACCUACCAUCGAACACCCUCAGUGAAUUCUUCAAGUCCAUUCCCUGAACCCAAACAUGGUCGACACUUUUCAAGCGAAUCUACCUACUCUUAUUCUUCUGCGGAGGAUUCCCGACAAGAUGCCACAGGAAGUACACACUCGUCAGGAUGCAGACCUCCCUAUCGAGAAAGGCGCUCAUGGCAGGACCUGAUAGAGACCCCCUUAACCAGUUCUGGCCUCCAUUUUCUUCAGACUGUUCCUCCUGACCCAGAAUCCAUGAGUGGCCGACCUGGAAUGUCACCAGAGAGGCGAAGACAGGCAACAUUACCAGUCCAAAGACGUCACAAUCAUGAACGAGAUGGACCUUUCCCUUUGGUGGAGUGGCAAAGAGGAUAUAGUUCUCAUAACAGGCCCCAGAAGCAACGUAGUCAAAGCCUUCCACGAAACAGAGAUGUCAGGGUCAAAGAGCAUGUGAAGUCUUCAGGCAUAACAGAAGAGAAGCCUGAAGAGAAACUUCUUAUAAAAAAGCAAAAUAAAAACAUAAAGGAAAUCAGGGAAAGUACAGAUGGUCUGCAAGAACUGUACAAGUCUUUGGAACAAGCCAGCUUGUCAGCCUUUGGAGAGCAGCGUCCUUCUACCAAGCAGGAAUUCCGGAAGUCUUUUGUAAAGAGGUGCAAUGAUCCAAUUAUCAAUGAAAAACUUCAUCACAUCAGAGUUCUCAAGAGCACUUUAAAAGCAAAGGAAGGGGACCUGGUAACUAUCAACAAUCUUCUGGAUGAUCCCAACUUGACAUCAAAGAAGUUCAAAGAGUGGAAGAUAAAGAACUAUGAAUUUUUCCUGGACAUUUGUGAGUACAGCGCUGCUCUGAAACCUCAAAAUGGAGCCGCUGAACUUGUAACCCCCGCACCACUGCUGACACACACACAUUCAUUCAUUGAAACACAUGUCUGA